GCGUAAGAAACAAUUCUGAUGAAUGUGGAAAGAUGGAAAAACAAUUAGAAAAAAAAUACCAGAAGACGAGAAGAAAGAGAGGAAGAAAAGAGUGAAACUUUGAACAAGUAAAAGGAGAUUAUUUCAACAGAUAACAAAAGGAAGAAAAGGAGAGAUCUAAAAUUUGUAUAGACUAUAGGAAUUACAAGAGAAAUCGCUGAGCGAAUAAAUAAUAAAGCAAUCUCUUUCUUUUCGUGUUGUCAUUAUCUCUCUCUUUCUGUACUUGAAUGAAUGAAUAUUUCUAUUCUAUUUCGCCGUUUUGGUUCAAGGUCAAACAUAUGUUCGUUUACAUGUACUUUCUCUCUCUAUAUCUGAAUAUUUCGUACUUAACAUGAAAUCUCUUCAUUCUUCUUAAAAUGAAGCUCUUCAAUCUAAUAAGCGGGAGAAAGUUCUAAAAGUUUGACUCCGGAUUCUGAAGUCUAGAAAAAAUUUUUUAUGAAGAAUCGAAUGAGAUCGUAAUAAAAUAAUAUAUUUUUUUGAAAUAUUUUGACUUUUCUUGAUGGAUUCAUGUUUAAAGCUUGAAUAAAUCCAGUAUCUGACACAACUAGAAUUAUAGAGCUUGUGACUGAUUAAAUUUCUCUUUAUCGACUAACUUUUUGGUAUGAUUGAAGAUGAUUUAUCAAUGUUUUUACUACAGAUAUUUGAAUUUUAUUUGUUUCAAAUAAAGCGUCACUAUUUAUUUAUUGUUUUUAUUUAGAUCAUAUGAAAUCAUCAUUACAAGAAGCUGAUUAUUCAAAAGAAAUAAGUUUAUUAACAGAUUCUUAUAUUAAUCGAGUAAUGCAAAAUCGUUCAUUUGAAUAUGCUCGAGAAAAACUAAUUAACAUGUUUAAAUGGAAACAUGAAUUUAAAGUUGAUAAAAUAACAUUGGAACAAAUAACAAAACCCUUAUCAUUCGCUUCAUUAUACUGGUAUGGUUAUGAUAAAUUAAAUCAUCCAAUAUUGUAUGUUCGAUCUAAUUUAAAAGAUUGGUCUAAAUUCGAUGUUGAUCUUGAAAUAUCAAUGCAUAUAUUCAUGAUUGAAACUUGUAUUCAAAACUUUUUACCACCGGGUAUUGAUCAAUUUGUAAUUAUUUCCGAUAGUCAACUAAGUUUACGUUCAAUCAAUAUUGGCUUUAUGAAACGUUUAUUACAAUUAUUAACAAUUAGUUAUCCCGAUCGUUUAGAAUAUUUAAGAGUUGGACCAGUUAAUCAAUUUUUAAAAUCUCUUUAUACAACACUAAAACCAUUUAUGUCUAAACCAUUAGUACAAAAAAUUCAAUUAUUGAUUCAUCCGAAUGAAGAAUUAAUAUCGACAAUUGAUGAGUAUGAUAUACCAAUUUUUAUGGGUGGGACUAAACAACAUGAUUUUAUUUUUGUACCAGCAGCAAAUAAAAGAAACAAACAUCAAGCCGUUGCACAAGAAAUGAAUAAUUCACUAAAAAGGAAGGAAAAAUCACCUAAAAUUAAAGAAAUAAAAACAACGUUCAAUUGGGAUUUAAUGAUGAAACAUCAACAACAAUGUUAUGAAGAAAUAUUAAAUCGAAUGAAUUUAACAGAGUCAACAAACAGUGAAUAA